AUGCCCGUCCGAAAACCGUCGCGAUAUGGCUCGAACGUAAGACUGGGAAAGGAUAUCUCACGCGGGCGGCGAACCAAGACGAUCGAUGCCUCUUCACUGCGCGCCACCGAGCGAACAUCUCAAGAUGAAAAGAUUCAGGCCACCCGGCUGGCAAACAGCAUCGACGAUGCCAUGGGCUUCCCUAAGUAUGACUCUGGCAAAAGAAGAGUGGGGUGGCUCUACAACAUGCACAGCACUUCGAUUGAAGACCCAAGAGUACCGGGUGGUCGCGCUGGAGUUGAUUUCUACUUUAUCGGUGAUGACGGUGAAAACUUCAAGGCUACGGUUGACUACGACCCGUACUUCCUGUUGGCGGUGAAAAGAGGCCGAGAAGUUGAGGUCGAGGAGUGGUGCAAGAGGAUGUUUGAAGGACUUGUCAAAUCAGUCAACCGCAUAACCAAAGAAGACCUACAAAUGCCGAAUCAUCUCCUUGGAUACAAACGGACAUUCCUCCAGCUCACAUUUGCAAACGUCUCGGACCUGCUCAAUGUUCGCAAAACACUUUUACCCAUUGCGGAAAAAAAUAAAGAGAAAGUGAAUGCAAUGGACACAUAUGCGGAGGUUGCUAGUGCAGCAGCGGGCUUUGAUGUGUACGACGAAGACCAAGCGACCGAUACUCGACCGAACGGAAUUGCAGACGCCAGCGACUACAUCGUGGACAUCCGAGAAUAUGACGUUCCAUACCAUGUUCGUGUUACAAUCGACAAGGACAUCCGAAUUGGAAAAUGGUACACCGUCGAGUCUACACAUGGGUCGGUCUCCUUGACGUGCCUAGAAGAACGUCUACAGCGCGCUGACCCCGUCGUCCUCGCAUUUGAUAUUGAAACCACGAAGCUGCCGUUGAAAUUUCCCGACCAAGUGAUUGAUCAGAUCAUGAUGAUUUCAUACAUGAUCGACGGGCAAGGCUUCCUCAUCACGAACAGAGAAAUUGUCUCAGAGGACAUUUCCGAUUUUGACUAUACCCCAAAGGCGGAAUAUGAUGGACCGUUCCUGAUAUUCAACGAGCCAAACGAACGUGCCUGCAUCGAACGGUUUUUCUCCCAUAUCAAGGCAGCUCGACCUACAGUUAUCGCAACGUACAACGGAGACUUCUUCGACUGGCCGUUUGUCGAGGCCAGGGCCGGCGUAAAUGGCAUCGACAUGUACACUGAAAUCGGAUUCCGCAGGAAUAAUGAAGAUAUCUACCAGAGCAAUUACUGUGUCCACAUGGAUUGCUUUGCCUGGGUCAACAGGGACAGCUACCUGCCUCAAGGGAGUCGGGGUCUGAAAGCUGUCACAGUUGCAAAGCUUGGGUACGAUCCGGAUGAACUCGAUCCUGAACUGAUGACCCCCUAUGCAAACGAACAUCCUCAAAUUCUUGCGGAAUACUCUGUUUCUGACGCUGUUGCGACGUACUACCUUUACAUGAAGUAUAUCCAUCCCUUUAUUUUUUCACUCUGUACAAUUAUCCCACUCAAUCCGGACGAUACCCUACGGAAAGGUACAGGUACACUAUGCGAGAUGUUGUUGAUGGUCCAGGCAUAUCAGAAGAAUAUUGUGCUCCCAAACAAACACAAAGAACCGAGAGAAGCUUUCUGGGAGGGUCAUCUACUCGAGUCUGAAACUUACGUUGGCGGACAUGUGGAGAGUAUUGAGGCCGGUGUCUUCCGUGCGGACAUACCUGUCAACUUUGCCAUCGAUACGACGGCGAUUGACGAGCUCUUGCGCGAUCUUGAUGCAGCCUUGACGUUUUGCAUUACCGUCGAAGAGAAAAAAUCUCUGGCGGAGGUUACGAAUUACGAAGAAAUCCGAGCACAAAUUGUUGAAAAGUUGGAAGAACUAAAGAGUACGCCUAACAGAAAUGAACGCCCUCUGAUAUACCACUUGGAUGUUGCAUCCAUGUAUCCCAACAUCAUGACUACGAAUCGCCUUCAACCCGAUUCUAUGAUAGCUGAAUCAGAUUGCGCUGCCUGCGACUUCAAUCGACCUGGGAAGACAUGUGAUAGAAGAUUGCCAUGGGCAUGGAGAGGAGAGUUCUUGCCAACCAAGAGAGACGAAUACAACAUGAUACGCCGAGCAGUGGCGAAUGAGACAUUUCCCGGAAGAGGCCCCAAAGCACCUAGACGAGCCUUUCAAGAAUUGAGUUUGGACGAGCAAGCUGCCGCAGUGCGGAAAAGACUCCAAGAAUAUUCCAAAAAAAUCUACCACAAGAUCCAUGAUUCCAAAACCAUCGAACGGGAGGCUAUCAUCUGCCAAAGGGAGAAUCCCUUCUACGUCGACACUGUCCGCGACUUUCGAGAUAGGCGGUAUGACUUCAAGGGGAAGCAGAAAGUCUGGAAGGGGAAGACGGAAGCACUGAAAUCUUCUGGAGCCCCUGGUCAGGAGAUUGAAGAGGCCAAAAAAAUGAUUGUGCUCUAUGACUCUUUGCAGCUAGCCCACAAGGUCAUUCUCAACUCUUUCUACGGCUACGUCAUGCGCAAGGGAUCCAGAUGGUACUCCAUGGAAAUGGCAGGUGUCACAUGUCUCACUGGCGCGCACAUUAUCCAAAUGGCGCGCGAGCUCGUUGAACGAAUCGGUCGACCGUUGGAAUUAGACACCGAUGGAAUUUGGUGUAUGCUUCCAGCGACUUUCCCGGAGAAUGUCAUUUUCACUUUGAAAAAUGGCAAGAAGCUGCCGAUUUCUUACCCUUGCGUGAUGCUCAAUCAUCUGGUUCACGCCCGUUUCACCAAUCACCAGUACCAGAGUCUAGUGGACCCAGCCACUUUCAAGUAUGAAACCCAUAGCGACAAUUCAAUCUUCUUUGAGGUUGACGGUCCUUACAAGGCGAUGAUCCUCCCAACCUCCAAGGAGGAAGACAAGAACUUAAAGAAACGAUACGCAGUGUUCAACCACGAUGGGAGUCUUGCCGAGCUGAAAGGGUUUGAGGUCAAACGAAGAGGCGAGUUGAAGCUCAUCAAAAUUUUCCAGACUCAGAUUUUCAAAUUCUUUCUGGAAGGGAGCACUUUAGCGGAAACAUACGCAGCAGUAGCCCGUGUGGCAAACCGCUGGCUUGAUGUCCUACAUUCGCAUGGGUCCACGCUUGCUGAUGAAGAGCUCAUUGAUUUGAUUUGCGAAAAUAAAAGCAUGACCAAAACGCUUGAAGAAUAUGGAGGUCAGAAAUCAACAUCGAUUACAACAGCAAAGCGACUGGCAGAAUUUCUGGGAGAUCAAAUGAUCAAGGACAAAGGCCUGAAUUGCAAAUAUAUCAUUUCCGCCAGACCCAGGAAUACACCCGUCACAGACCGAGCCAUUCCUGUUGCGAUCUUUUCGGCCGAUGAUAGCAUUAAACGCUUCUUCUUGCGGAAGUGGCUUAAGGAAGAUCCGUCGGAUAUGGAUCCCAGAACAGUAAUCGACUGGGACUACUACCUGGAGCGCCUUGGUUCUGUCAUCCAGAAGCUCAUAACAAUCCCUGCUGCUUUGCAGAAGAUCAGAAACCCUGUGCCACGUGUCGCGCACCCGGACUGGUUGCAGAAACGGAUUACCGCAAAGGACGACAAGUUUAAACAGAAGAAGAUGACCGACCUGCUUGAGAAGAGACCCCUUACCGAGCGUUCUGUCAAUCUCUUGGAUCAUCAACUGCUUGCCAGUAGAGACAUCGAGGACGCCCUCGGCACUCAACUGAAGCACCCGGAGCAAGUCACCAAACCUGCAAAACGAAAGGCCUCGGAACCAACCAGUCGCAAUCUUGUGGAUGCUCUUCCGCCUUCCCCUUCUGAGGCUCCAUUGAUUGAUGAAGACUAUCGAGGUUGGCUCCAGUAUCAGAAGAGAAAAUGGAAGUCACAAAAGCAAGCCAAAGCCCGACGACGUCAAUUGUUCGGGGAACGACCAAAUGUGGCUACAGAUUCCAUUAGCAGCUUCUUCCGCAACCAAGCCGAAAUGAUGUACACCAAUACCUGGCAUGUUCUGCAACUACGUCAAGGGGAUUCACCUGGUGAAGUGACAGCGUUUGUGGUUAUUGGCAAGAAGAUUCACACGUUACAUAUCAAGGUCCCCCGCACGCUGUAUCUCAAUCUCAAGGGAGAAGAGCUUCCCAAUGUCGACAUUCCCGGCUGCGAUGUUGAAAAGGUCAACCAUGUGUUACCGAAUGGCCAUCUGUCGGUGCACCUGUUUCAAUUGACGAUGCCUGAGGACACUUAUUUGCGGGAAGAAGAGUCAGUAUCGUUGUUGUGCAAUCACCCCAGUGUUGAAGGUGUCUAUGAGCGUCAGUUGCCGCUCUUUAUGCGCGCCCUAUUAAAACUGGGAAACAUGUGCUCCGUCGAUGAGAGUCAGAAAGGUGUUCUUGGGAAGGGCCUUGAACAGGGCUUUGAUCUGGCAUCUCUGCUCAAAAGUGAUGCCCAGUCGACAUACCUGGAAGACCCGGCUUCCUUCGGGUAUAUCUACUUGUAUCACGUUGCUUCUGGCGACAGGAAUGUGUUCGCUCUUUUCUCCACCACCAGACAAGACGCGCAUAUUAUCGUUUUGAGUCGAAGUCGCGAUGCACAGAUCCCGAAUGCUGAUAAAAUCUAUGCUGAACUGUAUCGUCAAAAAGUCCAGGACGAGGCUCUGGUGCAGACUAUCUUCGAAUAUCAGCCUGGCAUAAAUGUCAAGGUUUCACAAGUGACGACCAGAAGAAAAGCGCACCUUGAGCUGGCGGAUGUGCUGAAAAAGUGGCGGUCGGACGAGACGAAGCCGACAAUAAUUCUCCUCCAGACAACCGCACACAACAGCUUGAUUCACGAUGUCCGCCCCAUUAGGGAUUACCCUGUCAUACUUCUCCCGGCGGAGCAAUCUGACAUAGAUCUCCCUUCACUGUCUUGGCAGGCCCAUGCCAUCAGGCAGUUAAUCUCUCACUAUUUCAACGUGUCAGGGUGGGUGGUGCAUCUGAUUGAGCUUGCUCGAUACGGUGGAGUACCUCUGUGCAAUCUCGAAAGGGACGAUCCUCGGUUCCUCAUCGACCUAGCCUAUGCGCGGAGGUUGAAGAGGAGCAAUGUCGUCCUGUGGUGGUCCGAUCAAGCUCGCCCAGAUCAUGGUGGACAUGAGCGCGAUGAUAUUCUAGGCCCGCUCAACGAAAUAGUUGAGAUGCCCUCAAUUAAUAACCCAGGAGCCUACACCUCUGUAUGUGUCGAUGUAUCGGUGCAGAACCUAGCAAUCAACACUAUAUUGACCUCAUCCAUAAUCAAUGACCACGAAGGCUCUACGGAAUCUGUCGCAUUUAACCCAACAGUCGACGAAGAAAAUCCCCUCAACUCCAACAUGGUGAAGUCGAAUGGGGGGUUUGCGCAUGCAGCGCUCGAGGUACUGCGAGACAUGGUCAAGUCAUGGUGGGCAGAAGCUUGUGGCGGUCAUCGACUUGCAGACGUAAUGGUGCAAAAUCUGCUCCGAUGGGUUGAGGCUCCUUCUUCCUUUCUCUACGAUCGACACCUCCAUUACUAUGUGCAGAUGAUGUCCAAGAAAGCGCUGCAGCAACUCAUCACCGAUUUCCGCCGAGUGGGUUCACAGGUUGUUUUUGCAAGCCCGACACGGUUACUCCUUCAGACGUCGAAGCAAGAGGUCGAGAACGCAUAUGCGUAUUCACAGUACAUUCUCAAGUCGAUCCAACAGAAGCCUCUGUUCCAUUUCCUUGGGCUCGAGGUGAAAGACUACUGGGAUAUUUUGCUCUGGUACGACGCAUACAAUUACGGCGGCAAGGGCACUCCCACAGUUACAGAGCGAACCAAUCAUUCCAGUCUCGAAACCGUUGUGCAUUGGCAACUUUCACAAUUCCUGCCCCUGCCUUUACAGCCUGUAUUCGAUGACUGGGUAAUUGUCUUCAUCGAGUUGAUGCAAAACUUGAAAAGACCGUCAAACUCAUCCCAAAGCACACCUGCUAUUCGACCUACACAACUGCCCUCUUCAUUCAUCAGUUUGACAGAAGAUCCAACCAGCACUGAGAUUACAACCGUCCUACAAGACGAGUUUUCCAAGCCCCUCAAAAAACAAAUCACAAGUUUGAUCCGGCGUCAACGGGAGGAAUUAUUGCACCCGGAACUGGCCAGCGAUUGGAUGUUCCCAUCUCUGCCAGGAGGGACUCUGGAGUCAAGUGAUCCGCGCCAUCCACAUGACCCAGUGCUGGAACUGGUAAAAUCACUCAUGCAGAUAAUCUCCUUGUCGAAAUCUCUUCAACUCGAAGCGCGGCUUCUCCGCAAAGAGCUUCUCGCCUUAUUCGACGUCCGCGAGUUUGGGAAAGAGGCCCGCUUUGAAAAUCCUAGUGCGAGUUUGCGCUUCGAGAAUCUCAUCUGCGACACAUGUACCAUGACUAGGGACCUGGAUCUGUGCCGUGAUGAGGAUAUUCUACCGGACCUCAACGAAAGUGGGGUGGGGACGAGCAAUAAACCUUGGAUCUGUAAUAGUUGUGGGGCGGAAUACAACAAAAUCGUGCUUGAGGAGAAACUGAUAGCGAGGGUUCAGUCGAUGUUGUUAACCUGGCAGGCACAAGAUAUCAAAUGCAAGAAGUGUGGUGGUCUGCAAGGCGACGACAGUGUGUUUGCAGAUCAUUGUUCAUGCGGCGGAGAGUGGAUUGCAACCGUGGAUGUGAAAGAUAUAAGGUCGAGGUUGAAGGUCAUGGAUCGAGUAGCCGGUAUAUACGGGUUGAGGAUGAUGAAGGCUGUUGUGGAGGAGGUCAAGACUAUGUGUACGAUAUCAUGA